AGCCUGACGUAUUUCAAUUGUUGCAGAAGUCCAUCCUCUUUCUUCGAAUUCUGCCUGCGCAAUGACCUGUUGAGAGUGAUAUUAACAACUCCACAUUGCCGCUUUCUUUGCCGUGGUAGAGGUAGUUAAUAAUAUUCUGUUGCUCACUUGUCUUUUUCGUCUCGUCAUUUUUCUUUUAUCGGUUUUCAACCGAGCAGACAAACCGGCAAACUUCAGCAAUCAUGGCGGCCAAGGACAACAUGAUUCUUUUCGAGCUGCGGCUCGAGGAGCUGCUGAAGAGCUACACCUUCGAUAUGACCGUGCGGGACCAGAUGGAAAUGGGCCAGCGGAAGAUCUUUGCCGAGGCCGAAACUGUAACAAACGCAAAAGUUGUGUUGCACGACCGUCUGCAAAACAGUUUUGCCAAAACUCAGCCUUGCAUGAAAUUAAAACGUACAUAGUUAGAAGUACUUUAGCGUCUUCAGGCGGCGCAUCAGGAUCUUCUCACUCAGAUUACCAUGUUGGUACAGAGAGUCCUCGUCCGGCACGGACAAGCUCACUUCUCGACACGUGGGCACUACUUUGCGAUUUGAUCACGUUUGUGGAGUAGCCUGCUAGACAAAAGCGAUCUCGAAGCGGAGACUUUGCUUUCCAUUGCGGAAAUCGACCCAAAGGCGCAUGCCGCGUCUGGUACAGCAGUGCCAGUGGAUGUUGAGUCGAGACCUGCGUCCAGCACUGUAAUUUCGGAGCACCAGCGCCGCCUGUUCUUUCCGCGCCCAUCCGACAUGAAGUUCUACGCGAAGGCGCUUCGGAAAAAGACUGGUAAUUCAUACAUAGAAUGGUACUAGUAAAUCAUGGCGCUUUAUUUUGCUUGGUAGUCAGAUUUCACGAUCGCUGUCGCCGCUUAUAUGCGCAUGAUUCUGGAAAUUUCUCAAAAAAAAUAAAAAACCGAGCGAAAAACACCAAAUACAGCUUCGGGCCAGCCCGCGCAUGUCUGGCGGUUAAAGCUCCUCACCGUGUUUUAUUCCAUUCACCAUGGAACCAAAGAAUUGCUGCAAAGUUUUGUCGAGUCCCGCGGUCUUCUUCCGAUCGUGGAAUUUAUGGGCUACACCAAGAACCGCCAUGUCCAAAGCCAGGCCGUUGAAAUUUUCCAGCACGCGCUGACGCUACCGACGUUUGCUAGCGUUGCGCUCGAGCUACAGCAAAUCCAGACCUUGGAAUUUUCCGAGCGAAAACAGAAGGGUGCGGAAGGAGACACAGAGGGACGGGGGGAUGAAAACGAACUUGAACCAAUCACGCAGGCAAAAGGGCGCGGUGUUCUCCUGAACCAUCCCUGGUGGCCCUUAGUGCAGGAGUUUCUGUUCUCUGGCCAACCAGAACACUCCAACUUCUUUCACCACAUGCACGAAAUGCUACUGGAUACGCAGGAUGUUUUCCCCCACUCGCGAGUCACCGCGUGCAAACUAUUGGGUCUCGUGCUCCAGGUAUAGCAGUUGUUCCAUACUCCGAGUAUGAUACUCGAGCAUGAUCAUUCUUGAAUUUUUCCUCGAGACUGAAAUCCUCAACAAAUAAAGGAGCAAGAAAAAACUAUUGCAGGCAUUCCUUCUUGUUUCUUUUUCUCUGUGCAAAAAUCCCCAAUAAUGUCCCCCGGGGGAGAUGCCGGGUAACCAAGGUCCACUGGAUUUCUCUUCAUGCAUUACGUUCGACACAAAGUAAAAAAGAGAAAUGCCCAAUCCAGGAUAUUUUGAUCUCACCCGAGAUCAACUUGCCCCGUCCGAGCCUAACGCAACUACCUACCCAGGAGUUGAGGACAGGGGAUUUUAGCUUCUAGUUGUUGUGUCGGAACAUUCUGAGAAAAGUCCCAUAGGCCGCGACUUGCAUCACAUCCCUUUGGGGAUCCUGUACUACUUUUCUCUCGAAUUCUAAGCAUUUUCUUUGUAAGAUUGCGGCAAUUGGCCACCUGUAUUUACCCUAGGUGGCAGGACACUCGGCCCCCAGAUACCACCUGCACCCCUGCGGGCCGAUCCCUUGGCUUUUUGUCUUCGAAUAGUUACUGCGACUGCGGCUUUUUGUUUGCAUUCCUUUCGCUGCCACCUAGAGACCCAUACCCCUGCUGUACCCCCCCGCCCGUUUUCGCACUGAAGAGCCCACCGGGCCUCUCGUGCUUGGUCGAACAAGAACACAACUACAAGGGCAGGCGUGGGGCCCCUCUUAACAGAACGAAACGGCACACCACUACCCGCAGUUUAAAACUAGAGGCCGAGGCUUUACGGGUUCCCGCGCUGUCUUUUGCAUCUGGGCCCCUCGUGGUCACGUCUCCGCGCCACCCCUUGCCUCUUUCCGUAGUCGUGUAUGUCGCUUCUUUGCUUGUCUGAGCCUCAGGACACCCUGCCACCUCUGCGCUCACGUAGUGAGUGCAAGCUGGCGCGCCGCCAUGUGCAUGCGACUGGAAUAGUGUGGUGAAGUCUUAAACCCCCCCGCCUGCUCUGCGUAUGAGUUUUGUUCAUUUUCAUUCUUUUUUAUAUAGAAUAGAACGGGCCGCGCGUGCCAACACGCACAUAGCUUAGUUGCCGCCCAUGCCCCCGAGUUUUAAAGUUUUUAGCCUGUUGCCCCUCCUCACUUCCGAAAGUACCCAACGGAGAAUCCCCUUCCCCUAUAUUCUUCUGUGUUCUGUUCGAUCGCCCCACAGGUGUUUUUCCGUGCCUGCGCCCGGUGUCUUCCCAUCCGGUAGCCCCGAGGCUCUACCCCUGUGGCGCAUCGCCGCUUGGCCACGAAUUACGAUCAGCAACGGAAGGCAAAGAUCGUAGCUCGUGGCCUAUUUUUGGCUUCUCCUUUGGUUGUUUUCCUCUUCCCGACCCGACUGCUGUGCUGUUACUUAUGUUAUGUCGACACGACACGCGAUCUCGCCCCCCGCCGAUUUUGCAUGAUGGCGUCUGCAGUGGCAGACGAAGGCGCAGAAGUAUUUUUUUUGCUGCCGCCUCACUCCGUUAAGCAUUUGCCCGAGCGGGGCCGUGUUUCUCGGCGCCCAAAAAAUCUUGUCGGGCCCUUCACUGACAAGGUUUUCGCACUGCGUAGCAAAAGAUCAGCUGCAGGCGCGCGGGGCUUGUUUUCCCUUCAUUUUGUUUUUCUUUUUCGGACCGCCAGAUAGUUCCCCUUUACUAUCAACGAGCCCGCUCGUUUUUGCAUAUCUAUGUGCCGCUCGUGUGUGGGGGGUUGUGAACUCGCUGUCGUUUUUGCAUUGCCCAACUGAUGCCCCCCCCUUCUUGCUUCCCGCAGAGACCUUGUGUGCCGAAAAAUGGCGGGCGAAGCCUUGCUUCCCGUUUCCCUUAUCCGUUGUGCCGCCCCGGCUUUCUUCGGUUCGGUGUUACUGCUUGGCAAAGUUUGGCACAGCAGUCGCGUCUGAUCCUCUUGCAUGCCGAGACUGCUUGUUCGCGCCUUUGGCGUUCUUUGAGGCUCGUACACGGGAAAACUGUUUGCAUGAAUGAAGCCUGCUCUACCCUUGUACCCCCUUCAGUUUAUUCCAUCAACAUUGUCCCCAAGAUUUUGCGGGUUGGCAUAAUCUGUCGGGUAUUUAGUUUGCUUGGUCAUGAUUUAACGCCUUUUCCCUCCCCCGUCGGGGGGGGAAGGAAAGGGAACUCCCCCCCCCCCCCCAAGGAAAGGGAACUCUCCCCCCCUUCCGAUCCUGACGGAUCAAAAAGGAUCCGUUUUUUUCUCGGAUUCUUAAUACGAUGUAGGAACCGCCGGAUAGGGAACCACCCGCCAUAAUGGAUCUUCCCACUUGCCUAGCGGCCACCCGCGUUCCCGGCCCCGGAGCAUCGGAAGCACUUUCACGGACCUUUGUUUUUUACCCAUACAUUGGUCCGUGAAUGAGAGUCGCCUUGAGAUUCCCUACCCCGUCACUUGAUCCUAUUGACUCUAGUACCCCGGAUCGGUCGUAUUGGCUCGUCAACUGGAUCAACUACAGUGCAGAUGGUACAGCUCUCUUUCGGACAUUCACGCUUCAUUGGUUCUUGUCUUAAAUUCCCACCCAACGUCGUCCUCCCCAGGAAUGACUCGGACUUUGCACACUUUCACUUUCACUUUCACCAUCCCCAAUAAUGUAGCAGAAAAGCAAAAGCAUGAUCAUGUACACGUUUUUUAUGAGUUGUAUCAACAAAAAACUGGAGGUUAUCUGCCAGCCACUUUUGAGGCGAAGCAAAACUAUGCUGUCCUCCUCCAGCUCUGCGAGUAGAGUCGUCCGGAUCCCCAGCGAGUUGUACGGGCGGAUUCUGGCCCUGCACGAAAGCGGCGAAUUGCCCCCAGACGACAUGGAGGUUGUGCUGGAAUUAUUGAAUUUUUUGAACGACUAUGAUUUUGACGCCGAGCGGGCAGCUGCGGCGCGUGAGGAUGCCGAAGACGUGGCAGCGCUGCAACGUAUUUACGGCAAGAAGACAUGCACGUCGGUAGAAAAGGGUGCUGAUGGGGGCCUGCAGAAAGCGACUUACGGACCCCCUUUAGCAGCAUCUGCGGCAACAUCGUCCCCUGCCUCUGGCGCGGCUGCCACCGAGGAUUUCAUUAGCAGUCAACUCGACCUGGUAGACGCGGAUGUUGGCGUAUCAAAGAAUAAAACUGGUGCUUCUUCGGCGGAAACUGGCGCACACAACGGCUCAGGAGCAAUGCCCGCCGUAGCUGAUGUUGAACUUGCAAGCGGGGAAAGCCCUUCAUCUGUUGCACAACGCAAGGACAGUAUGGAACAGAGUAAAAGAAAAUAACCGCGUGUCGUCUACGUCGUAUGACAUUCGUCUUCGUGUUAGCGUUGCCUAUUUAGCAGAGUUCUCGUUGUCAACAUGACAUGUUUUACGCGAUGAAGUGUGCCAUUUCAUUCUCAGCGGUUUGUUUUUGUAUAAUUUGUCAUACGAUGCUCACGACGACACCGUUCUUUUCCCCAGUAUGAAUGCGAAGCGACAUAUGGAAAACGUAGAAAAGGCCUUUCAGGACAUGCAGUUUCACUUGGGCUUCUACAAAAAGAUGGGGAACGAGGCUUUCAAGAAGCAAAAUUUUCCCGGAUCCAUUGCCUGUUACGAGGCCGCGGUUGAUGAUGCUGGCGCCGGUUCAACUUCGUUUGCGCUUCUCCAGGGGUACUACAAAGCUUGUGGCCUCCUGCCUGACGCUGACCAAGACCAAGUGGAAAAAGCCGAGUCAGUUUUUCUGAAAGAGCUCGACCGUCGUGCCGGCGCAGAUAGAGAACUGCACGCCGACCUUUCGCGCAUCGAAAAUAAUCUGGCCAUGAGUUUCUGGAAGACGUCCCGGACUGCGGAGAGCGCGCUGCACGCAAAAAGGGCCUGCGCACUGGAUCCGACGUUCGCAAAAGCGUUUUACCGCCACGCCGAGGCAGCAUUCGCCUUAAAUGACAUGGAAACCGCGGAAGCGGCCAUCUUCGAAGCCACGCGAUUGGAGCCGAAGGAUAAAACCAUCAUCGAGCUGAAAAAAAAGAUUGUGUUGGCAAAUCCCAAUUGA